AUGGCGGCGGCGGGCGGGGGCGGCGCCGCGGUGUCGGUGCUGGCGCCCAGCGGGCGGCGGGUCACCGUGCGGGUGGGGCCCGGCACGGUCCUGCUCCAGGUCCUCGAGGAGGUCUGCAGGAAGCAGGGCGGCAGCCCUGGCGAGUACGGCCUGAAGUUUCAGAGGAAUGUGUUGGACCUGUCUUUGCAGUGGAGAUUUGCUAGGCUGCCCAACAAUGCCAAACUGGAGAUGGUGCCAGUCUCCAGCAGAGCAGGAGCUGGAACCACGGUUCGGAUAGCAUUACAACUAGAUGAUGGCUCCCGCUUGCAAGACACCUUCCUCUGUCAACAGACCUUGUGGGAACUUCUCAACCAUUUUGCAAAGAUCAGGGAGCUGAUGGAACAGGAUGGUGAAUUGUCUCCAGUCUGUAUUUACAUGCGGGAUGAGAUAUCAGGAAAAGAUGCCCUGGAGAGGACAACACUGAAAUCACUUGGCCUGAUUGGAGGCAAUGCCAUUAUCAGAGUUGUCAUGAAGAAAUGCAGUUCAUCUGGUGGGGAGGGUGCCACGGUGCCUUGUAAUGAGCCAACAGUGAGGCAAGGCUCCAUGGAAGAAGCAAUGGAUGUGCCACUACCUCAAGAAAACACAUUUCCAAAGGACUUGGAGCACAGGGAUGUGGCUGUAUCUUUAAACAGCUGCACACACAAGCAAGACUCGAUUAAAGAUUCUCAUGCUAGCUUGGAGGAGCUGCAGCAUUUCCCAGAGCCUGAGCCUACCCCGUUUGGCCCUUUUUUUGGAGAGGGAGAGCAUCUGGGGGACUCUCCUGUAGCUGUACCAUCUUCAAAGCUGCCAACAACUUUUUUGAGCCCUGGAGGUCCUUCUAAGCCAAAGAAGUCUAAGAACAGCCAAGAACUGCGAAAGGAGCAAGAACAGCUUGUAGAACGUGAGCCCCUUAUAUGUCACCUAGACCUACUGGAACAAAUUUCUGAUGGCCCAGAAGAGCUUCCUGAUGAAUUUUUUGAAGUCACAGUGGAUGAUGUACGGAAACGUUUGGCACAGCUGCAGAAUGAGAGGAAACGCCUGGAAGAAGCUCCACUGAUGACAAAGUCCUUGAGGGAGUCCCAGCAGAAGGAGAAGUUGGAGCGUUACCCCAAGGUGGUGGUGAGAGUUCAUUUUCCAGACCGCCACGUUCUGCAAGGCUGCUUCCAUCCCACUGAGACUGUUGGCAUUUUGAGAGACUUUGUAAGAAGCCACCUUGCCAGUGCAGAGUUGCCAUUUUACUUAUUUGUUGCACCUCCCAGAAUCAUCUUGAACGAUGAAAGUCUGACGCUGUUUGAGGCUAACCUUUUCCCAACUGCUGUGAUUCAUUUUGGAUGCAAGGAGCGCAGGGCUUGUUACCUGAAAUCAGACCUGCUGUGCUCUGCAGUUUCUCCUUCUGCAGCUGAUUUAUUGGUAGCCAGAUCAUUAGUUCCUUCUGCUUCAUCAACUUUAGCAUCAGUGGUUCCAUCCCUAUCUGCACCAGAAGCGGGAAGUGACAAAGAGACCAUUGAGCAGCCAGAAGCAGCCAGCACUCAGGGAGCUCCACAAGUGCUUAGAAAAGCCCCUGGGAAAAUACCCAAAUGGCUGAAGCUUCCAGGUGGGAAGAGAUGAAGCAUCCUGGGCUGCUGGAUCACUGAGUUGUCAGCUGUGCCUUCUUCUCCACGAACUUACUAAGAAUGUGUAAAAGGUGUUGGUGGCCAUGGAGAGAUCUAAUCUGUAUGAACAUUAGUUAUAAAAAGAGAAUGGCUAUUUCAGAUACCAGUUGCAGCUGGUGGAGGAGUGGAGGGCCUGCUUGUGGUCUUUGUGACUACAGAAGCAAGCUUAGAUGUUAAAUUUAAGGUUUCUUGCAUGCAAAUAACAAGAAUAGAGAAUUAAGGGGGACACGAUUCCUAUAUACUUUCUGCAAAGGACUUUGUUUCUAUCCAUACUUUUAAAUUCAAAUCCUCUCAGUUCCACCUUCAGAGAUCACUUGAGUCUAGCCUCAGUUCUAGUGGCAAGAUAAAAUCUGGUUCAGUUUUACCUAUAAUAGUUAAGUGGUGCCUAGAACAAGACUUCUUGCUGCUUCUUAGUGAUUAGGGUUAGUGCUGCUGAUAAUUCUGGACAUAGAUGGCUGGAAAAUAAAUGAAGAGCAAGCACUUAAGUUACUUAAACCAGUUCAGAUCAGUGAACAUUCCUGUGAAGCACCCGAGCUGCUGCACUGUAUUGUGUUCAGUUGCCAGAAUCUUGUUAACAAGGAACACAGGUGUCUGUUCAUGGAAUGCCUGUUGAGCUUGUUUCAGCCCUAAGCUCUAGUUUUGUUUUCACUGUGUAUAAUUACCAUCUGUAAUUAGUUACAGCCAGGGAAAAAACAUCCAGUUGAAGGGUCUCUUCAAAUGACAGUUGAUUGGUGGCCUGAGUAUUCCCAGAGCAGGGUAGCUGUGCUCUGCACUGCAGUGGGUGUACAGGGACAAGGCUCAGUCCAGAUCUUUGUCUCCUGCAGACGUGGGAGGACGAAUGUUGGUUACAAUUGUCCUUACACUGGAGAUGAACUCUGUUGUGUCAUGGCAGUCGUGGUGCUGGGUUUUAUUUGAAGUCUUCUCCAUGGAUCAGUGAUUUGUGGAGAGCUGGGGUUCCAUGGUACAGUAAUACCAUGUUUUCCAUUUUCCUUGUUUCCUCUCUGCACUACGUGUGCAUCUGCACAAUUUGUAGGUGUAAUAAAGCAGAGUGGCCACGGGGGCCCUUUUGGUCAGUGCCUUUAAUGUCUUCUUGCCCUGGCACUUGGUGUGUCUGUCAGUUCACAGGAACCUGCUCUCCUUUCAAUUGGCCUGUCAUGCCUCGUUCCCUUCCUCCCAUUUUUUUCAACAAAGCAAAACGGAGCUUUGUACCAUCUGAAUGAACUUCAAAGUGGCUAGAAAGGGCACCCUGGGUUCCUGGCACUUGUCAUUGUCUCCCUGCCUGGCCAACAUUUCCCUUCAGGUCUAAUUACUUCCAAAUGCUCACAAAUGCUUUGAAGAAACUUGGAAGGAGGGGGAGGCAUGAAAGAAAGGUGGAAGAGGAAGAAGGAGACUCAAAGCAGAAGGAGUGCAGAAUGCUUUAGCAAAAAAAUUGAUUGAUUUCUUACUUGAUACCCAGACGUGAACAGGGAACGUGAGAGCACUGUGUACAGCUCCUGCACUCAACCCUCCCUGUGGAAAGCAAGCCCUUCUGCCACUUGAUAGGCUAUAAAAGACAUACCACAGCAAACAAAAAACCCCAGUCAAAUAAUGUUUAAAGUUUAUUACUCUGUAGUGGAUUAAGUGUGGGCUGAGCCCACGCUGCAUAUGACUGUUAGUAUCUUGGUUCAGGUGCUGUGUCAGGCUCACUCAUGUCACACAGAUCAGAAGUAGAGCUGCCUUGCUGAAUUUGUACAGGAUAUCCUGUGGGGAAACCAGGAGCUGUUGCUAGUGAUAGGUGGUGAAAUACUUGUGCUGGUGUUUUUGGUUUCCAGGAUUGGAACAUGCAGAAGCAGUGUGGUUGGGAGGAAGUUGCAGUGUGCCUUCAGUUGUGCUAGUCCUUAUUUUUUGAAGAGCACAGGUGACAUCAAAUAUUAUGAUCUGCUUAACUGAUUUUCUUAGCUGCUCUAAUUAUGUCAGGUUUUGUAAAGGGUUAGGUCCAUAACUAUCCCCUGCAAGUACCUGACAUGGAAAAACAAGUUUAGGUACACAAACAGUAAUAUCAAUAUUCCUGGGGCAGUUUCAUGUGUUAAGUGUAAGGGCUUUGCAUUGCUGUGUUCCCUCAGGCAGUUCUGCCCCUGCUUGUCCUUGGUGUAACUCAGCUGUCAUCAAACCCAGUUUAACCACAGUAAUGAAAAAUUGCUACCUUCAAUAGCUAGACAAGAGGUCUUAUUCCCCUUCCCUAUACAAAGAGUUACUUUUAGCUGCUGCUGCUGUUCAAUUGCUGCUUUACUGUGGAUGUCCACAUCAGCAGUUCUCUGUGUGUCAGGGAAAGGAUCUUGAGACUUUUUAGGGCAGCAUCUUUGGCACUGCUGUUUCAGUAGGUGUCAGGGUGAAGGCAGAGACAGGGACCUGAAAUGUGGAAAAGGCAAGGAAGUAGGAGUGAAUUCUUUAAGGGGGACAGUACACCCCCACAUUUAAAAUGGUGAGCUCUUCACUAAAGGAGGGAUUGCUACAAGGAUUCCUGCCCUGCUGAAGAGCAGUACCUGCAGAUACCCUUUUUUUUGCUAUUGGCUUUUUUUUUUUACCAAUAGUUGUGGGGCUGACAACUGAACUAGGUCAGUUCCUUCACUGCAUGUGUUGUACAGCUGAACAGUUGUUUUGGCCGAGAAGCCGCAGUGCUGAGGGCUGGGCACUGCUUAGGCUGGUACUGUCACAGAACGUGUAUGGACGGCAGUUUUUGUGAGGUUUCGUGGUGGUUGUCGUGAGGGAUGACCCUGAUAGCGCCUAGCUCACAGUGACCCACUGUUCCUGAGCCAAGGACUGCUGCUCUGGCUGCUGCUGCUGCUGCUGCAGCGGGGCAGCGCCGGAGCCCUCCGUGCAGCCAGCCCUGCGCUUCAGCAACGCCACUCGGGCUCCUGGCUCCUGCCCACAUGUGUGAGGUUUCUUAUUUCACAGUGCCCCCCUGCGCUGCCAGAGGGGCCAGCCUGUCCCGUGAUGUGGGAUUCUCACACAUGCUGUUUGUUAUUUUGUCCUUUUUUCCGUUCGUCCUACAAAGAUUUAGGGAAGAGGGUGGGUGAGGGGGAAGCUCUGCAAGUCUUUGAAGCAACUUGACUUCUGAUGAUGAAUUGCAGCAAAGAGCCUACACAAGGAAGGGAGACUUUUUUUUAAAUUACUGAUGUUUCUUUGUGAGAACAAAUUUAUAGCAGAGGGGGAGCAGCCUCUGAGGAGAAUAUUGAAUGGUUAAAAGGUUUCAAGCAUUCUUUGAUGUCACAGCCCGAGACAUACUGGAAGGUAGUGAGGAACAGACACUGUUUAUUUAUAAAAUAAAGAUCAGUUACCUGCUUUUGGCAA